AAAAGUUAUUAUUACUUAUUUUAACAAUAUAUAAUAAUGUAUAUGGGAUUUUAUAAUGAUAAUAUAAACUAUAAUUCAUUCUUGUUUAUUGUAUUAUUUAAUUGAAUUAAAAAGAAAAGAGAAGCGUCACUACAUCUAAUAGUCAGUUCAUUCAUAGAUGAAGUUUACUAUGGCAUUACAAACAUAUGCUGUAUACAUGAUCAACCACUCAGAUUAAAAAUUAUUUUCGUUAUAUUAGUCAUAAGUUAUUUCCUAUGACCUUAAUUACAAUUGAUCAUAAACAAUGACUUGUCAAUAAUAUAUUGAAUAUAUAUUGAAUUAAAUUGAUCCAUCUAUGCUAUUCAAUAACUUAACUACCUAGCAACAAAUGAAACUAUAUUCAUUAAAUUUUUUUAACUUUAUUAAUUUUUUAUUAAUUUUAAUUAUUAUUACUACAAAUUAUUGUACAUAUACAUUGAUACAUAAUAAUAAUAAUAAUAAUAAUAAUAAUAAUAGAAAAAUACAAAAAUAUAAUUCAUUAACUCAGACCAUGUUUUUAAGUGAAUUAAAAAAAUUAAAUGUUUAUUUACUUGAAGAAGAAUCAAUUGGUAGAGAAGUAGCUAAUUUACAAUUUCCAAUUAAUCGUAUGAAUAAUUCUAAUGAAAAUUAUUUAAUUAAUCAUAAUAAUGAAGAAGAAGAAGAAGGAAAAGAAGUAGAAAAAGAAAAAGAAAAAGAAGAAAAAAGAAAGAAAUCGAAUUAUUAUCAAAUAUUUAAUAGUGAACCACAAUCAAAAUAUUUUCAUUUAGAUGCAAAAACUGGUAUUAUACGUGUUGCUAGACGGAUUGAUCGUGAUCAAUUAUGUCCAUUAUUUAAAUCAUGUUGUACAUAUUUAAAUCAUCCUAAUAAUAAUAAUAAUAUAAAUUAUUUUAAUAAAGAUUUUAAUUUAAUUAAUAAUGAACAAUUAACUAAUUGUCAAUUAGAUUUAAAUAUUCGAUCAGAUGAUCAAUAUACUAAUAUUAUUACUGUUAGUGUACAUAUUAUUGAUAUUAAUGAUAAUUCACCAGUAUGGUUAUUAAAUAGUAAAUCAGGUUUAUUAAAUUUUCCUGAUGAUCAUCAAAAACAGGAUGUGAUGCAUGUUUACGUAUCAGAAAGUAGCCUUAUCGGAGAUUCCAUUCAACUAACGCCUGCUGUAGAUCAAGAUGCUGGAUCAAAUAACAUUAUGAAAUAUAUGAUUGAACCUCAAUUUCCUGAAUUCCAGUUAGAAUGGACAUCACUUGAUAGAGAUGCUACAAUGGCAAACAAUCAAUUCUCUGGCGAUAUACAGUCUAGUGAUAUUCAAUCAUAUUCUGAUCAUUUUAUCAGAUCACCACCUGGUCCGAGACAUGAACUUCGUUUAAUUGUUCGAAGCCUAUUAGACAGAGAAACAAAAUCUUUAUAUGAAUUCAAUCUAACUGCUAUAGACGGUGGAUCACCAAGUAGAAAUACAACAAUCAAAUUACAAGUUCAUGUCACAGACUUCAAUGAUAAUUCUCCGAUAUUUGAAAAAGAUACAUAUACUGUGGAUUUGCAUGAAAAUGCUCGACCACAUACACCAGUUAUACAAGUUAAAGCCAAUGAUAUCGACGAAGGAAGUAAUGCACAAAUUAAAUAUCGAAUAAGUUCAUUGACUAAACCAGAAUUUAUACGAUUAUUUACAUUGGAUCCAAUAACUGGUUGGAUACAUGUGCAAUGGGAAGUGGACUAUGAAAUACACAAAAAAAUAAUAUUAACUAUUGAAGCUAAUGAUGGAGGUAGUCUACCAAGAAGUACAACUUGUAUUGUAGAAAUAACAGUAUUAGAUGAAAAUGAUCAUUCACCUGAAUUACAUUUUGAACCAGCUCAUUUAACAAAUUAUGCAUUAGUUCCAGAAAAUGAAAAACCUGGUCGAUUAGUUGCUGUAUUUACUGCACAAGAUAAAGAUAGUGGAGAUAAUGGUCGUGUAAGUUGUCGUUUAGCAGAAACAAGAAAAUGGACAUUUGAUACACAAAAUAAAGAAAAAUUAGAAAGUUUAUUAUUAAAUCCAACUGAAAUUUUAUUCAGUUUACAACAAAUGCAUAUGCCUUUUUCAAUUAUAUAUAAACUAACAACUGCUUCCAGUUUUGAUCGUGAAUUCAUUUCAAAAAUUACAGUUUGGAUAACAUGUUCAGAUUAUGGUGUUCCACCAAGAAAUAGUACAGGAUCAGUAGCUGUUAGAAUUUCCGAUGUAAAUGAUGAACCCCCAAUAUUUAGUCAAACACAUUAUUACUUUAAUAUUAAUGAAAAUACUGAAAUAGGAACAAUAAUAAACAAAAUCAAUGCAACAGAUCCUGAUGAAGGUGAAAAUGCUAAAUUAACAUUUUGGUUAAGUGGACAAAAUGCAAAUUAUUUCGAUGUAAAUAAAGCUACCGGUUAUUUAACAGUACAAAAAUUAUUAGAUAGAGAAAUGAUUAAUGAAUUACGUUUUCAAAUUCAUGCUGCAGAUAAUGGAAUGCCAAGUUUAAAUUCUAGUGCUGAUAUAACAAUAAUUCUUCAAGAUGUUAAUGAUAAUCCACCGAGUAUAUUGAAUAAAAUAGAAUUCUAUAUAUUAGAGAAUCAUACAGCUUCAUUGGCUAUUGGUAAAAUUACUGCAUAUGAUGCAGAUAUUGGUCGAAAUGCCGAAAUAACUUUUACAUUAAUUCAAUGUAUUGCUUAUGGAUUAAAUACUUUCAAUAGUUCAGAUAGUAUAGUUCAUGAAUCAUAUGAAAAUUAUUUGAGCAAUAAGAAAAAUUUCUCACAAUCCCUUGAAAUUAUGUAUACAUUUUUUAUUGCCAAAGAUGGACAAAUCUAUUUAGGUAGAUCAAAAUUAGAUCGUGAAUUAUAUCCAUUAUAUGAAUUGACAGUACGUGUUGAAGAUCAGGGUACACCAAAAUUAUCAUCUACAACAAUUGUUUUAAUACAUAUAUUAGAUGUGAAUGAUAAUACACCACAAUUUAUCUUUCCAUCAAUUGGUAAUAAUACUGUUUAUGUACGAAAAGAAACAAAGCCUGGAACUUAUAUUGCAAAAUUAUAUGCUAUUGAUGUAGAUUCAGCAGAAAAUGGUCGUAUAACAUAUGGAAUUAAACCGAAUGAGCAUACAGAUAUACAAUCCUUAUUUGAAUUAGAUCCUAUAACUGGUGAUAUUAUAUUAAAACGUUCAUUAGAUUAUAAUAUAGAUACAUUAAGACUCAAAGAAAAUGUAAACUUUAAAGAUUUUAAUUUACUUAAUAUACAUAGUAGAUCAUCAUCUAUUCAUGAAAUGGAAAUGAAACGUCGAAAUCAAUCUAUUCAUGGAAUAAAUAAAACAACAUUUAAACAAAAUGAAUUAAAGAAUAAAUUAUAUGAAAGUCAAAUGGCAUAUAGUUUAAUUGUUACAGUAACAGACAACGGGGAACCACCAUUGAAAUCUUCUACCAUUUUACGAAUUCUAUUUACUCCACCAUUUUACCCACCUAGUGAUUCAAACGAUUCACCAAAUCCUUUGAUAAUAAAACAUUCAGUUCGACACAAAUCAUUAAACAAUCAUCCUGACUAUACUAAAGGUCAAUCUAUAUCAAAUGAAUUAGAUUUCGACACACCAGUAGAAAAUGAAUUAACUGGAAUCGGUGUAUUACUUGGAUUAGUAACAGCUAUUGGUUUAUUUGUCUGUUUUCUAAUUCUUGUUAUAAUGAUCUUUUUUUAUCAAAGUCGAAGAUUAAAUGAGCAUAGAAAACAAUUAAUUGAAAGAAGAAAUCAAGCAUAUAAUCAACAUCAAGUAGUAGAACAAGCACAUCAAUCACAAUUACAACAACGACAGAAUCAACAAAAUUCAGAAUUGAUUCAACUUUCAACUGUAUCACCAUCAUUCAAUACACAAUCAACUCAUUAUAUGCCACAUUCAAUUCUUCGUCAUAUUCCUGUAGAACAAUUAAAUAAAUCUGAUAAAACCAUAACUGAUUCAUCUCGACAGUAUUAUUUACAAACAUUCAAUGAAAUAAUGCCAAAUUCAAAAAAUGAAUUAAUGACUAGUUUUACAACACUUUAAAGAUGUGCAUCCUUUUUUUAUUUGAUGUAUGUAUUUGUGUAUGGUUCGGCUUCUUUAACCUCUUCUAUUAGCUUCAUUUGAUCUCGUUAAUUUUCUUUCUUUUUUUUAAAAUUUACUGAUUUGUACAUUGAGAGAAACUUAACAACGAUGAUCAAUUUGAUAAAUGAAG